GUUGGAAAUUGGAAUAAAUCAUCUGGCCUUAAUAUUAUUAUUAAAGAUAAGGGAGAGGGCGGCAGAGAGGGAGAUUGAGAUUUAACGCUUGAAGAAAGAGAAAGUUGAGGGUUUUAAUAUUCAAAUCUAAUGAAAUUGUCAUCAGUAUCAAGGAAGAAGAAGGAUAAGAGCAGAAGAAGAAGAAUUAUUAAUAUUACUAAAAAUAAUAUUAAAAAUAAUUAAUAUGGUCGUUGUGUUCGAUAUGCGAGCUGAUUCCUGUAGAAAGGGAGCCUUCCCCUUAAUUCUUCUUUUUCUUCUUUUAAUCCUCAUUUUGCCUCGCAUUUAAUUCAUCUUCCUCUCUUUUAUUAACCUUUUUUUUUUUUUUUAUAACUUCUCUUACUGAGUGAUUUGCCCCUCAAUUCUUGAAACUUAUUUAAGUUUCAAGUGGUUAGUUUCGCGUUUCUUGAUUUGGGUUUGGUGGGUUUAGUUAAAUUUGAAGUUGGUUUCUUUUUGAUUUGGGAUUGGUGGGCAAUUUUAUAAAACAGGGGGAAAAUUUAGGGUUUGGUGGAUGUUAUUGUGAUUGUGUUAUGAUUGAAUCUGUAUUUGGAUGCAUUAUUGAUGAAUCUGGGAUUGGUUAGGCGUUAAAUGUUUGGAUUUUGGGGGAUUAGUUAGGGCUUUUUUUUUUUUUUUGGGUUGCUGUAUGACAAAUUUUUGUUGUUUUGUUCUUGAUGUUGUUGCAUGAGUUUGGUGUAAAUACUUUGAGAUUUGCGAAUCUUUUUUCAGUUAAUAGAUUAUGUGUUAAUUUCUUCCUCCUUUGAUAAAUUUUGUGAUUCUGGGAGGAAUUUGAUUUCAUUUUACACCCAUUUUUAGUUGAAGAAAAAGAAAGGAAAUAAAAAGUCAGAAGCAAUUGUAACACACCCAAAUCACCCACUAUUUUUGUUGUGGGAUUUGUUAUGUCAAACUUGAGUCAGGAAAAAAAAUUGUAGAUUUUUUGUUAUUUUUUUGAAAAGAAAAUGAAAUACUCAAUUUACAAGAAGAAACAGCAGCAGGACUAGAAGUUUGCAUGAAAAUUUGUUCGGUUUUUGUUGUUCUAUGGGAAUACCUGAUAGUUCAAUAUUAGAUCUGUUUCAGAAGGUUAGGUCUUGGAUUUCUUGUGGUGGUAGUGAUCCAACAAGUUUGUCUGGGAAAUUUGAGAUGCUCGAUAGUCGUUGCAAAAUGUGUUCUGAGUGUGAUGCGAAGUUGAAUGAAUCUUGCAAUGGAUACCAUUGCGAAAGUUGUGGCCGUUUUUUGUGUGGGAGGUGUAAUCAGAGUACUGAGUCUAGAGAGAGUACUAAGGCUUGCCAGUUUUGUAAUGGGAUAAGUCUGAGGCAUGGAUGUGGGAGGAAGAACAGUGAGAAAGUGCAUCCUUCUGUUUCAGCUCGCGAAAGCCCCGAGCCACUUUCGCCUAGUUUUUUUUCUGAGAAAAAUGGUUACUCUGUGAAUGGUGAAUCGGUUCAGAGUGAUCGACUUGCUCACUAUCUUGAAUUCCGGGAUUGUGGAUACUCUCCCCAUGCAAUGAUUAGUGCUCAGCCUUCUCUGGCAUCUGUUCAGCGUUCACCCAGCAGGAGUGAUGGAGAAGAGAUAGAGGGAUGUGGGAAGCACUUUUUCAGCUCAUCUAGUGAGUAUUGUCAUGAUAUUUCAGAUAUAGAUGCGAAUAAUAUUAGUGCUAGACAUGAAUUUUACAAUUUUAAGUCAUUGGGAUCAAGUCCCGUUGACAGCCCCUCUAGGAAUAAUUUUACUCCAUAUAGAGGCAGGCAUAGUGUACAGCAGGCACAAGAGGGAAGCCCAUUGCCUCAGAAUGAUAGUCCCGUCCAUCAAGAAAGUUUGGCUGUUUUAAAAAGGCCUGAUAGAGGGUCUGGGGAUCCAGAAAAUACUGAUGAUUACUCUGCUGACCUAUCAAAUUUUCGAUAUCAAGACGGUAGAUCACAGAAGCCAUUGGAUUUUGAAACUAAUUGUCUUAUCUGGUAUCCCCCGCUACCUGAUGAUGAAAAUGAUGAGGUGGAAAGUAAUUUCUUCUCCUAUGAUGAUGACGAUGAUGAUAUUGGGGAAUCAAGUGUAAUGUUCUCAUCCAGUAGUAGCCCUUCUAGCAUGUUUCCUGCCAAGGACAAGCAUAAUGAAGAUUAUAAAAAACCUCUUAGAGCUGUGGUACAAGGGCAUUUUAGGGCACUAGUUUCAGAGCUAUUACGAGCUGAGGGUAUCAAAGUGGGGAAAGAGGAUACUACUGAGGACUGGCUUGGCAUAGUCACAAUGAUAGCAUGGCAGGCUGCUAAUUUUGUGAAACCAGAUACAAGCAGAGGAGGCAGUAUGGAUCCUGUUGAUUAUGUAAAGGUUAAAUGUAUAGCAUCAGGAAACCCAAGUGCGAGCACCCUUAUUAAGGGGGUAGUUUGUACAAAAAAUAUAAAGCACAAGCGCAUGACAUCACAGUACAAAAAUCCUAGAUUGCUUAUUUUAGGAGGAGCACUUGAAUAUCAGAGAGUUGCAAAUCAGUUGGCUUCUUUUGAUACAUUAAUGCAACAGGAGAAUGAUCAUCUCAAGAUGGUAAUUUCAAAGAUAGAGGCUCUUCGCCCGAAUGUUUUGCUGGUGGAAAAAAGUGUGUCAUCAUUUGCACAAGAACUACUUUUGACAAAGGAUAUUUCAUUAGUGCUCAAUGUAAAGAAGCCAUUGCUGGAGCGGGUAGCUCGGUGCACUGGUGCUCUGAUUGGUCAAUCAAUUGAUAAUGUUUCAGCAACACAACUUGGGCACUGUGAACUGUUCCGGUUAGAAAAAGUAUCUGAAGAACAUGAGCCCACCAACCAGUUAAACAAAAAACCAUCAAAAACAUUGAUGUAUUUUGAAGGGUGUCCAAGGCGUUUAGCUUGCACGGUCCUGCUGAGGGGUGCUUCUAGGGAAGAACUUAAGAAAGUUAAGCAUGUUGUUCAUUAUGCAGUAUUUGCAGCCUAUCACUUAUCCCUUGAGACUUCUUUCCUUGCUGACGAGGGUGCUUCUCUGCCUAAAAUCAGACUAAAUCACUCACUUAUGAUACCAGAGAGGAUAAUACCUGAUAAUUCCAUUUCUGUUAUCCCUAAUUCUCAAGUUGUUAGUAAUUGUCAGGCAGUAGCCAAUGCAUGUACCCAGGAUGAUGGAUCUGUGAAUCUCAAUCUGGAGAAUGGAGGAUUGGAAUCAUUGUCUGGGCAUUUUGAUCCCAAGUAUAUUUGCUCUUCUAUUUCCAUGGAUCAUAGGUUUGAUGAUGCAACCUCUGAAGCAUGCAAUGAUGAUUUAGAACCUGAUGACAGCCUAAAUUUGCAAUCCCUAAAUCUAUGCAAUGAUUUGAAGGAGGCCAGUGUCUGUUCCUUUGAUGCUAGUAAUCUUAUACAACCGGAGUUGCAAGAUAUCAUGGGUCAAGAGGAGGGGCAGCUUGGGGAGAUUCAUGAAUUGACAAAAUUUGAUAAGGCUAUGGAAGAUGAACCAUCCAGUGAGUACUUCUCAGCUGCUGACACUCACCAGAGUAUAUUGGUGUCUUUUUCAAGUCGUUGUGUGCUGAAAGGAACUGUAUGUGAACGCUCUCGGCUCCUGCGCAUUAAGUUCUAUGGCUCUUUUGAUAAGCCUCUGGGAAGAUUCCUUCAUGAUGACCUGUUUGAUGAGACUGCCUGUUGUCGAACAUGUAAUGAGUCAGCAGAAACCCAUGUUAUAUGUUAUACCCACCAGCAGGGAAAUCUAACAAUCAAUGUUAAACACCUCUCCUCUGUAAAGCUACCCAGGAAACGGGAUGGCAAGAUAUGGAUGUGGCAUCGAUGCCUAAGGUGUGCUCAUACAGAUGGAGUCCCUCCAGCAACUCGUCGAGUGGUAAUGUCAGAUGCUGCCUGGGGACUUUCUUUUGGAAAGUUUUUAGAGCUUAGCUUUUCAAAUCAUGCUACUGCUAAUCGUGUUGCAAGCUGUGGUCAUUCCUUGCAAAGGGACUGCCUCCGAUACUAUGGGUUUGGGAGCAUGAUUGCAUUCUUCCGUUAUUCCCCUAUUGAUAUUCUCUCUGUUUAUUUACCCCCGUCAGUUCUUGAAUUCAAUGGCCAUUCUCAACAGGAGUGGAUAAGAAAAGAGGCAGAAAAGCUAAUGGAUAAGCUGGAAACUGUGUAUGCUGAGAUAUCUGAUGUACUGGAAGGCAUGGAACAGAAAAGUAGUUUCACUGGAUGUGGAACUGCAGAUGCAGCCAGUUUAAAGAGCCGCAUUGUGGAACUGAAGGAUCAGAUUAAAAUGGAAAGGAAUGAUUACAUGGGUGUUCUACAACCGGUUAUUAUGGAGACUUCAGAACCAUGCCAGACACCUGUAGACAUACUUGAACUGAACCGUUUGAGACGUGCCCUUCUCAUUGGUUCACAUGCUUGGGAUCUUCAACUUUGUUCGUUGAGCUCUCUUCUUAAGAAAGGUUCUAUUGUCAAGGCGACUCCCCGGGAUGCAUCUUAUGCCCAACUAAAAGAGUUGAGAAAUGAUUCAUUGUGCAAGGAUGGUAAAGUUGACAAUAGGCAUGAGGAAAAUGUGUCUGGACCUUUAGAAGUACAGGAGUCUCCUGUAAAUGAUUCAUUCUCAGAACAGAGGGAAACCAUAGAACCUUUUGGUUCAGACAUUUCUGUAUUAAGCUCAUCUCAUCAUAAUAGAGAGGAGGAUGUACAUUCAGAUGGUGAAAUUGCAUCCACUCUGUCUGAGAGAAUAGAUUCUGCAUGGACAGGAACUGAUCAAUUAGCUCAGCCUCUACAAGUGUGUCAGAGAGAUGGCCUCCAGGUUGGUUUUGUUGGGCAAAUUAGAAAAGUCGAUAAUCCGUCUUUUGAAAGGCCAACUGCUCCGGUGAGAGUUCAUUCUUUUGAUUCUGCUUUGAGAAUCAAGGAAAGAAUCUUGAAAGGAUUACCCCCUUCUUCAUUGCAUUUGUCAUCACUUAGAUCUUUCCAUGCUUCUGGAGAAUAUAGGAGUAUGGUCAGAGAUCCGGUAUCUAAUAUAAUGAGGACUUGCUCCCAAAUGUUACCUCUGGAGUCACAGAAGCUAAAUUUGGUUCUCAGUUCAACACCCUCAUUUAUCUCCUCUGCUUCUCAUGUGGCUGAUGGGGCUCGGUUGCUGCUUCCCCAUAGGGGCAAUAAUGAUUUAGUUGUUGCUGUUUAUGAUAGUGAUCCUGCCAGCAUAAUAUCAUAUGCUCUCAGUUCGGAGGAGUAUGAGAACUGUGUUGCUGAUAAGUUGAAUGAGCAUGAAGGAGUGUGGAGUGCCAAUGAGAUCAAUAAAGAAGGUUCUGAGGUUUCCACCUUUUCAGCCUGGCAGAUGUCUGGCUCUUUGGAUUUGGAUUAUAUCCACCAUGGAAGUUACGGAUCUGAAGAUGCUUCUAUGAGUAACUUGUUUACAGAUCCCAAGAAGUCUCCACACCUGACAAUGUCUUUUGGGGAUGAGUCUUCAAUUGCUGGUGGUAAAGUGAAGUUCUCUGUCACUUGUUACUUUGCGAAGCAGUUUGACUCUCUUAGAAAGAAAUGUUGUCCUGGUGAAGUGGAUUUCGUGCGUUCCUUGAGCCGAAGUCAGAGAUGGUGCGCACAAGGUGGAAAAAGCAAUGUUUUUUUUGCAAAGUCAUUGGAUGAGAGAUUCAUUAUAAAACAAGUCAAAAAGACGGAGUUGGAUUCCUUUGUGGAAUUUGCACCAGAUUACUUCAAAUAUUUGACAAAAUCUCUUAAUUCACGAAGCCCAACUUGUCUGGCUAAAAUUCUUGGCAUCUAUCAGGUCUCUGUAAAACACCUGAAAGGUGGCAAGGAAAUAAAAAUGGACUUGAUGGUAAUGGAAAAUCUCUUUUUCAGGAGAAGCAUCUCAAAGGUCUAUGACCUUAAGGGCUCUGCGAGAUCGCGAUACAAUUCAGAUACAACAGGCACAAACAAGGUACUUCUAGAUAUGAAUCUCAUGGAAAAUCUGCGAACAGACCCAAUAUUUCUUGGAAGCAAGGCAAAGAGAAGCUUAGAGAGAGCCAUUUGGAAUGACACAUCAUUUUUGGCGUCUGUUGAUGUAAUGGACUACUCAUUGCUGGUUGGGGUGGAUGAAGAGCGCAAGGACCUGGUUUUGGGGAUCAUCGAUUUCAUGAGACAGUAUACGUGGGACAAACAUUUGGAGACAUGGGUUAAAGCUAGUGGGAUUCUGGGUGGUCCGAACAAUGUGUCUCCGACAAUUAUCUCUCCCAAACAAUACAAAAAAAGGUUCCGGAAAGCGAUGACGAGCUAUUUUCUUACAGUGCCUGAUCAAUGGUAUUCAUGAAAUUGCUGCAUUCUUUUUUGGCACAGCAGCCAUUUUUACAAUAAUGACAGGUAAAAUAAGGGGAGGCAACUCCCUGCAUACCAAAUCCCCCCUUGUAUUGUUUUUAGAAUUAAAAUCUUUUGCUGUGUGCAGAAGUGGCCCUAAAGAAAAGGCUUAUACAUGAUGGAAAUAAUAGAAAUUCCUUGUGAAGAGAGCUCUUUGUACAGCCUUUUUUAUCCAUGUGCAAAAAGGUUCCUUCACAACUUUAGUUUGUAAUGUAAAUCUCUUCUGUUUUUAACGCCUUUGAUCGGGUUAAGACUUGGUCAGAGUUUGCAAAAAUGGUUUAGAAUGAGUACAUAUAUUUUAUUAAA